AUGUGUCCGCCCACACACACUCGGAGAAUUAGCUUUGCGCCAACAAUACCAUCCCAGCUGAACGUCGUGCACGAGAUCGCUGCCCAUCUCCCACGCGCCAACAUGGUCAAGGUUUUUGACAACGCACUACCACACUGA